AUGGAGGAAGAUUGGGGGUCUUCCACAUUUUCUUAUAAUGGAGAGAAGGACGAAGACGAGAACUGGGAUGACGGCGAUGUACCCGUGUUUCUUGAACGGUGCCACGAUGAAGACGAGUCUAAUGACUUUACGUUCCUCCCAGGACACGGGUCUCAUCGAAUUGAGGUACUCCUGGAGCGGAUCACGGCCAAGUCCCGUUCUCAACUCAUCAUGAUGGACGCAGUCGAUAUCAUGAAAAUUGUGCUCGAGCUGGCCAUGGCAGUUAUGAUUUGA